AUGAGCCGCUGCCCCCCUGACCCGGGAAUAUUUGCGACUUUUCUUCGGGAUCGGGAGCGGGCGGAUUCGGGCGCCGGAGCCCGUGGGAAAGCGGCCGCGCGCGGGGGCGGGCGGGCGGCUUCGCGCGCAGGAGACCCCCUCCGCGGAGCCAGUGGGGAACCAGGAGCCCCUGCUUCCACUGGGGCUCUCCGGGCACAGAGCAAGGAUGAUGCCAAGGCGGAAGAAGACGCAAAAGGCAAGGAGGAAAGUUUCUCCAUGGACAGCGAUCUUGACUACAGCUCCGACGACAACGUCCCCGGGCAGGCGGCCCACAAGGAAGAGGACUCUGGCACGGCGCUGGAGGAGAACCCCCAGCACACCCCCGGCUCCAGCAGCACCACGUCCACGGGCAAGAACCGGCGGCGGCGGACGGCCUUCACCAGCGAGCAGCUGCUGGAGCUGGAGAAAGAGUUUCACUGCAAAAAGUACCUGUCCCUGACGGAGCGGUCGCAGAUCGCGCACGCCCUCAAACUCAGCGAGGUGCAGGUCAAAAUCUGGUUCCAGAACCGGCGGGCCAAGUGGAAACGGGUCAAGGCAGGCAAUGCCAACUCCAAGACGGGCGAGCCGUCCCGCAACCCCAAGAUCGUGGUGCCCAUCCCCGUGCAUGUCAGCAGGUUCGCCAUCAGAAGUCAGCACCAGCAGCUGGAGCAAGCCAGACCCUGA